GACGAGGGAAAUCUUUUCAGUGUCGUAUUACAGCCCCGUGAGAGGGAAGUGUGAAUGAUACUUCUGUACAUCCUCAUGUUAACCUCUCUGAUUCGCUUGAUAUUUCAGUGUGUGAUCGUGCGAGCAGCUGCUGAUAUUGCGUGUCCGUCGUAUCGGUAAAUUAACAUUUUAACAACACUUCAAUUUAUCAAGGAGCCACUUAAGAAUAAUGAAAGGACCAGAACUGGAUGACUCCAGGAGUCGAUUUCGAUUUACACAAUCAUGUGUUGGUCUGAUGGGUUGUUUGUGCAUCAGCUAUGCUAUCUGGGCUCCACAGUGGCUGGACAACAGGGGUCUGUGGUCCUCGGGCAAUGAGACGAGCCCUGAUGAUACCUGGACGGAUGAGGACAUUGAUAAAGUCCUUGAAGCUGAAAGGGUCUUUGCAAUAGUCGCCUUCCUGAUGUCUGUGAGUUCUGGAGUGCUGUGUCUCAUGUUCGCCCUCUGCUGGACAAAUCAGACUGUGCGUUCUUACUCUAACACGCGCUCACUGCUGAUAGUGGGCCAGGCACUUGACCCCACCACCCUGCUGCUCUUCACACUGGUACCAACAGGGUUCUUCUUUUUUAUUAGCUGGGCUCUUUUUACCCAUCAACAUAUUGGUGAAAUCCGAGAUGACAUCACUCGACUAGGACCGUCCUUUUGGCUGGGAGUCUUUGGCUGGGCUUUGCUACUGGCUGUACUGCCGGUAAUCUUCCUGGUGGAGAAAGUGGUGGUUCCGGACAUUUUGCCAGACCUCAUAAAGUCUGCCGAUACAUGGUGGAAAGCCCCGGAGGUCGCGUACGCGAGAUCCUUAAGUGAAUGUUACCAACAUUCACAUCACAAGCCUCAUGCUGACUUUAAAAGGUACAAGUCAGUGCCCUAAAAAAGGGGGAGAUGAGAUGAUAUGAAAAAAGUCAGUGCCUGAUGGGUGAUCUGUCGAAAACUGAACACAUCGCUGAAUGUCAGUCCGAGCAUUUUCAGUCAGAACCAGCACCUGUACCUGCUGUCUGGAGUCCCAAAGCUUGUGUUAAAAUGUAUUGGCUUUGACAGUGUUGUAACUGUUUGACACUGAGGAUGGUUGUGUCAGAUUAUGGACCAUCAGGGGUGUGAAACAAAGCUAAAAAGGAAGUACCAGUUGCAAAUAGACUUGUUACAAAGUUUUCUGCUGUUUGUGUAACUGAAUGUCUACUUCUCUUACAUUAUCUGUUUAAUUUAUAUAUGAUGAGUAUAUUAACACUAUGUGCAGAGUUGAAAUCUGAUUCAUGAUCUGCUGCAGAAUUGUGACCCUUGAUUUCACAUUGAUUUAAAUCUAUGACCUUACUCAGUCAAUAUUAAAUAUAUCAAGGUUAUGUUUUCACAAAAUGUUAUUUAUAUUAUGUAGGAUGAUAUUAUGUACAAAACAGUAAAUCACAAAAAAAUACUUCAGAUGGGGUUUCACCUAUUUUUUUUUACAGUGGAUUUCACAGAGUGGUCACAUUUUUCCUAUUUGUUUAUUUUUAUUUAAACAGCGUCCUCUGCUGGUAGUGCUACAAAGAACACUCUGUUAUGCCUAGAAGUCUGCAAUAAAAACCUAAACACAUAAGCUUAACAUUCUGCAGUAGCAUGCAAAAAAAUUAAGUGUAUCGAUUUGCAUCAUCUUGAGAAUUUUUGUAUUGUUUUUACAGAUAUCAAUAAAUGAAAAUGU